AUGAUAGGCUACGGCCUACUGUUUCCAGCUGCAGUGGGAGCUGCCGCCUUGAGCGUGAGAGCAGCUCUUCCCAUCGAGAGCUGUCCUGGAUAUAAAGCAAGCAAUAUACAAGAUCAUGGCGGCUCCUUGACGGCUGACCUACAGCUGGCCGGGAGUGAUACCUAUGGAAGCGAACUCACUACCCUCAAGUUGAAAGUGGAUUAUGAAACCAACACUCGGCUCCAUGUUAUGAUCUACGAUCCCGAAGAGAAUGUCUACCAAGUUCCUGAGUCGGUCCUCCCGCAAGAGCCCUUCUCCUUUGCCGUGACCAGGGCGGACACAAAGAAGACUUUGUUCAAUACCUCUGGCUCCAACCUGAUCUUCCGGUCGCAGUACUUGAAUCUCCGAACAUCCUUGCCUCAGAACCCUAAUUUGUACGAUCUGGGUGAGCACAGCGACACGUUUCGCCUGAACACUACAAACUACACCAGGACGCUGUGGAAUCGCGAUGCGUUCACCAUUCCCGCGGGAACGAGUCUGUACGGAAGCCAUCCCGUGUAUGUUGACCACCACAAGAAGUUUGGUGCAUAUGGGGCCUUCCUGCUAAACUCAAAUGGCAUGGACAUUAAAGUCAACCAGACUGAAAAUGGAGAGCAAUACCUGGAGUACAACAUUCUCGGUGGUGUCUCUGACUUCUACUUUCUGGCCAGACCUAGUCCGAAGGAGGUUGCUGCUCGGUACGCUAGAGUGGUCGGCUUACCUGCGAUGAUACCGUACUGGGGUUAUGGCUUCCAGCAAUGCCGCUACGGAUACCGGGGCGUUUUUGAACUUGCUGAAGUUGUCUACAACUAUAGCCAGGCAAAAAUUCCUCUCGAAACCAUGUGGACGGAUAUCGAUUACAUGGAUGUCCGGAGAGUGUUCACUUUAGACCCCUUGAGGUUCCCUCUGGAUAAGAUGCGUGACCUGGUGUCGUAUCUCCAUGAGCACUGUCAGCACUAUGUUGUGAUGGUUGCUCCAGCAGUCUCCUACUCAAACAACUCCGCUUUCCAACGCGGCGUAGAACAAGAUGUGUUCCUGAAAGAGAAUAAUGGCUCGAUAUUUAAAGGCACGUCCUCUUUCUAUACACUCCGACGGACCGAUUUAUCACCUGACUAG